AUGACUGAAGUCACAAAAUUCGAGCAAUUUGGAAUCAAUACGUUUUAUAAUGGAAUCCCGAUACUGGAUAAUGCCAGCGACUGGUUUAGGUGGAACCAGAAGGUCAAUGAGUUCAUUCGGAUAUCUGCGGUUGCCGACGAUGGAGCGACUCCACCGACAGAAGAAGAAGAAGCACGGCAAUGGAUUUACCGCCAAAAGUUCUAUUCCGCGAUGAUCACGGCAAAGCUGACACACAAUGCGACGCAAAGGAUCAAUGCCUUUGAGAUUCCUCGAGUUCAAGUACUGCUUAGGGCAGUCAAGGACAACUUCAAACCAGAAGGCUCAGGCACGUAUGUUAACCUCCAACGGCGAUACAUGGCCCUUACAAGAGACAAGUGUGGGAGCACUCAAGCCCUCGGGGCAGAAAUCAGGAAGAUCCAUGCUGAAAAACUCCUCCUUGACCCUGAUUGCGUAACCUCCGAAAUUGAGCGAACAUUUUUCUUCGUGCAUGCACUCGGUCCGGAGUACGAGAGCUUCCGCGAUCAUAUCUUCCGACAAAUGGACCUUGUCAAUGAAAGAGACGCAAAUGGGAACGUCACCAAAGCGGCGCCCACGUUCGACUAUAUCGAGAAUAAGGCAAUUGAGGAAGAGCAUAGGAAGGGGCAAUUGGGUAAACAAGCAAUGGAGACGCAAGCACUUCCUGCUCUUGCUCUAGUCCGUGGGCCAGGUGACAAGAAGCUCAUCCCGUCGUCGGACGGAACUACUUGUCGAAUCGAGAUCGAUAACGUCCCAUAUUGCUCCUUCUGCCGAAAACCUUAUCACGUUGACUCCGAAUUUGAAGAAGCGGCCUUCGACGGAUGA